AAGCCACCUGCCCUUCGACUUGACCAACUGGAUCGGCGAUCCGUGUCCUUACAGCCCUCGUCCGAUGUCCUUGUCUUUCCUUAUAUAGUCCAUAUGACGUAUACUCCUAUGAAACUCAGUCUUUCCCGUGAACCAAAGUACAAGUCCGUACUGAAGAACUUCAUGAAACUGCAGUACCUCCUAAUGAAUAAACCGCGCAUUACGGCUGCUGAUCGUACGCACCUUACGCAACUUGCGAACGAACUGGAUAUGAUGGAACACUCGGGCUGCGGUCCUCGCACCAUUGAGUAUGGAGACAAGCUACAGCUUUAUAAGGCUUGGCGCAAAAAAGGUCUUUCGAAAAUGAUCCAGGUCAUGUCCUUCUUGCCCAAGCAACACGAAGAGCGUUCGAAGAUCUAUGGUAAUGAGCGCCUCGAGUUUCUGGGCGACGCUGUCAUCGAAAUUAUUGCCAGGCACCGCCUAGGACUGCACAAGUUUCUCCUUUAUACUCACAGCGUUGACUUCUGCUAUGACUCCACCUAUAUCUAUGCCCGAUCGGACGCGUUCGAAGCCGUUAUGGGUUUAUACUUCUACUUGGGAAUGUUACAACUGUUGGCUGAAAUGCCUCCAUCUACUCCCUUAAUAGCUGCCAUUGCGCUGGAUGCUGGGCUAGAUACAGUGGAUCGUAUCUUCGGUGCUGUGUUAUUUGGCAACUGUCCACGUAUCCACCAGGUCUGGGUACGUCUCCCUCCUCAUCCCCUACAGGCUCAGUUUCCCGACGGUGAUCGUCAGUGGGCGACCAGCGUUCCCAUGCUCAAGAAAUUGACUCGUUUGGAGGAUCAACUGGGAAUCAAGUUCAGGCACAUUCGCGUGUUGGCUCGAGCACUGACGGUUCGAAAGACCGGAUUCAACCUCUUCACACUAGGCGAUAACCAACGCUUGGAGUUUUUGGGUGACUCCCUCCUCAAGUACGUAUCCACCGACUACCUGUUUCGUCACUUUCCUCGUCACCAUGAAGGUCACCUGUCCCUCUUGAAGAACUCCCUGGUUAAUAAGUACACACAGGCCGCUGUGUGCACAGAACUGGGUCUCGACAACUUUAUCAUCCGCCGUGAAGAAAAUUCCAUCAGUUCUCAGCCUCAAGACCCACAGGAGCAACUGUCCGCGGUGGUGGAAAUGCAGUCUGCUGCGACCCCAGCCCCACCCACUGGAUUGAACGCCCAAAAGCAGAACGUAAACGUUCACACACGCCUUGCAUGUGGCCAUCGCUUCAACUGGGACGGUGCUGAAGGGAUUGACAUAAUGCAAAACAAGCGCGAGAAUUCCUCCAGGUUUGAUACAUAG